AUGAUCAUGAGACGAAUCUCCAAGCUGCACCGCAUUCUGAAGCCAGCGCUUAAAUACUUUCUUAGCAAAAUGCUGGUCACCAUAUCACUGACGCUAGGCAACUGGUCGUACCGCAACCUGAAUGUAAUCUAUGUUGUCACCGCGCGCAAACUUGAUGUCGCCUUGAUCACUACAGAAAUUGUACACGUAACGAUCCUCGACGUCAAGUGCGUGACUAGCGUCUACCAGCGCGUUGGGACGGCCCUGAUCUACUCCCUGAAGCACUUGGACAGGGAUGUCGUGACGCGCCUGUUUAACGUCAUGCGCAAGCCGAAACACGUCCAUUGCAACAACCGAUUUUUCCAGCUCGCUCUGUACAAGGUUCUGAAGAUCAUCGAGGUGCCCACCGAGGCGCUGCGGGAAGCGCUGGCUGAAAUCGGAAGCAGCAAGGUCAUGCGGUAG